CGCGGAUUUUCUUUUUUACCUCAACGAGUGAGAAGCCGGCCAGAGGGAAAGGAAGGCCUCUCUAGCUGAGGAUACUUCUAGAACUUUGUAUGGCUUUGAACGGAAGAGCUAUGUUUUCAGCCUUCAAAUAUUAUGCAAUAGACUAUUUAUAUGAGAACACAGUUAAAGAAAGGCUUUACAGAGAUGCUUUAUUGCUUCAGAUCCCUUCAUGUUUGAAUCAAGAUAAAAAAAUUAUUGAUGAUAAAUAUAGGAGUCCAUGGACAAGAGCUAUUCCAGUUUUGGAAAUAACAGAUAAUUCAAUCUUGGAUGAGUGGAGAGCAAGAUUCUGUGUGGAAGAUGUUCUUGAGAAAAAGACAGUUACAGGAAGGAUGAUUAAUGGCACAUUUGAGGAAAUUGUUCCAAGUUCCAAUCCAAACUCUCCACCUGGGGUAGAGGACGACAAGUCGGAGCCCUGGAAGGGCUACGUGGAAGACUUUACUCCUGUCAAGUGCUCCCCAGCCUACCCAGGAGUGAAAGUGGAGCACCAAGGAUUACUUAUUGAUGAGGAAAUGAUUUUCAUGAACAAAGCAAUGGAUAAUCAUCUGCCGACUGUGAAUACUCUCUUGGGCAGACUAAAGCUCUAUCUGGUGAAGGAUCCGCUCUUAGAGUUCAAAGAAGGGCCCUGUGGAAAGGAUAAUUUCAUGGAGUGCUUCUCUGUUCAAGAACGUUCGGAACCUUUUGUGAGAGAUUUCCAUAUGGCUGAGGAGACCUUUUAUAAGGAGAAACUACCAUCAGUUUUUCCUUUUGAGCUUAAAUCCUUGAUGUCUACAAAUUCCAAACAAGAAAUGCUGGUUCUACCACCAUCAAAACUGAAGGAAUUAUUAGACUCAAUACCGAAAACAGUGGACUCUGUAGAUGAAAAUGAACAUUUCAACAGAGAUCUUACUUCCAAGCAUGGAUUUGAUACUGAGGAUAUAAACUGCAGCUCCACAGAAAACUUAACUUGUGCAAGACUUUGUGAACCAGAGUGCGACGAGCCAGGAGAACUAGAAAUGCCACCAUCCCAUCUGAGCUUACCAAGGCAGCAUUCUUCAGUGAAUUCGUUAUACGCAGGAUUUCAGACAUUUCCGUUUUCUGCUGCAUGUAAAAUUAAUUUGCUGAGCGCUGGAGAGUCAGCUAACGCGUAUUGUAUGCUGUGGCAGCUGGGGAGCUGCAGAAACUCUUGGGUCUCGUUCUUGCUCACAGUUCCAAGAUUUCAAGAAACCAGCAGUCAAUAUUCACUUGCAGAUAUGAGGAACAUUUUUUCUGUCAAAGGAGACAGCCUUGUGAUUCACCCUGCAAAAGCAAAGGGGUGGAGACAAGCAAGACUAAAUCCAGUAAUGGCCGAAACGUUGGAGCAUCUGCAGGCGUAUCUGCGUCAUAAUGGUCUGUCUGCUCAGGAGACUAAGCUGGAGAUCUUUCUGCCUACAAAAGUACUUGAGCUGGAGUCGUGGCUAGAACCUAAGAGUAGUCCCUCGCUCCUCCUGCCAGUCAGUGAGAAAUCUGGAGACGCUCACCAAUUACAUCCCCAGAAGAGGCCGUCUUCAGAACGGGAAGGGCCACGCCUUCGUUUGUCUGCUGAACAACGUGCCUCUGUUAAAAAUUCAAACAUGGAAGCAAAUGCAAAGAGUGGCCAAGAACUAGCUGCUCAAAUGAUGCAGAAGACAGAGAAUGGCUGUGUUGGACUUGGUAAUCCUGUACCGUCUGUUGAGUCAGCUUCCUCUUCACAGAUCAAGACAUCUUAUGAUAAAAACCGAGAUGAUUUGGACCUUUUGAGCGAGUUUAUUAUUCUGAGAAGUAAACACCAGACUUUCCCGUCAGAAGCUGAAGUCAAAAGCUAUGACCAAAACAAUGAAUUUCAAGAUAAAGAAAAAUAUUCUUUGACUCUUCAAGAAGAAAGUCCUGUUGUUUCUAAUAAUAAAGCUCCAGAGGAAAGAUGUCAGGAAAGAGCAGAUGAUGUCAUCAGGAUCCCCGCAUCAGACACCCAGUGCCAAGCAUACUGUCUCCUAGAAGCCACAGCGAUCCCUAUCUUACAGAAGCUCGUUUGCCUUUGUGCCUACCCUGCUGCUAACUGGAAGUUCGCCACUGUCAAUUUUGACCAAACAAGAUUCUUCUUAAAGGAACAGGAGAAAAUAAUAAAUGAUGCUAUUCACCAAGAUAAAAAUGAUGACAGAAAAAUGACAUUCAAGCAUGCUGCUCUCUUACAUCUGCUGGUGACAAUUAGAGACGUCCUUUUAACAUGCGGCUUGGAUGAAGCAUUAGGAUAUUUGUCAAAUGCAAAAGAUAUCUACAAAAGUGUGUUAGACUCCUAUUUGGAUAACAUUUGGAGACAGCUGAAAAUUUUACAGUUCAUUAAGGAAAAAAGGCCUAAAACCAACUAUAAGGUCCAAGAAUUGCAAUGUCAGAUACUAAGUAGGCUACAGAGUCAACAACAAAUGAAGGUACUGAUUAUAAUAAGAAUGAACUCAGAUGGAGAAAAGCAUUUGCUUAUUAAAACCCUUAAGAAAAUAGAAGGUUUAACAGUGACUGUUUUACGUUCAAUUGCGAGAAAAGAUUUUCUGGAAACUACUGGUGUUUUAAAAGGCACACAUUCCUGUGUGGUCGUGCACAAUUACAGUAUCAGAGAGGAUUUCCCCUGGAGCAGCUUCUCUCUCGUGGUGGAGUACAACCACGUGGGCCACUCCUGCUGGGCCCAGCACUGCCAACAGUUGGAUAUACCUUUCCUGGCCUUUAAAGUUGCUGUUCCAGACACGGCUCUGCAGACAGAUGCCCUGCUGGAUCGAUUUGGUGGGUUUCUGUUGAAAAUUCCGAUUCCAUAUGUAUUUUUUGCAUCUGAAGGACUUCUUAAUACUCCAGGAAUACUCCAGCUGCUGGAGUCUAACUAUAACAUCACACUCGUGGAGAGAUGCUGCUGCGAGUCACUGAAACUCUUUGGAAGUACAGAGCGUUACGUAGUGGUGACAGUCGACGAGCAUACGGCUGUAGUUGUGCAGGACCUAGAAGAAUUACAUUAUGAGAAGGCAUCAGACAAUAUCAUUAUGAGAUUAAUGGCAUUGUCGUUCCAGUACAGCUGUUGCUGGAUAAUACUAUAUUCCAAGGAAACAUUAAAUUCACAGUACCACCUCACAGAAAAGGCACUUCAUCACCUCGCACAGAUUUAUGCAGCUCUGGUGUCCUCCGGUCUUAAAUCUGAAGAACUGGAUGUAAAGGUUAUAAUUGCCCCUGGAGUAGAAGAGACUGCUUUAAUAAUUCGACAAAUUGCAGACCACAAUUUAAUGACGUCAAAGAGAGAUCCUCAUGAAUGGUUGGAUAAAUCCUGGGUGGAAGUCUCACCUUCUAAGGAGGAAAUGAACCUGCUAGACUUCCCCUGCAUUAACCCUCUGGUGGCCCAGCUCAUGCUACACGGAGCACCUUCCCUGCACUGGCUCCUGAGAGCAGCUCCUGCUGAGCUCCAGGAACUCCUGCCCCAGGUUCCAGGCAAAGUGCUGAAGCAUUUUUGUAGCAUCACUUCCUUGUUCAAGAUUAGUUCUUCCUCCAUGACAACGUCUUGUCAGAUUUCAUCACUUCAGGAAGAUAUGAAUCAAACCGAUCUCUUUAUUUCUCAGAGGUCAGCUCCUAUCAUUCAAGAACAUGAUGACUAUUAUUCCUAUGACAUCUCGGAAGAGACGGUGCGGAGAGACACAAGCUCUCCUAGGGAGCUGAGAGAAAGGCUGCCGCCAUGCUUGUUGCCGGCUGCAGCACCGCACAGCCAGAGGAGCCGCUGGGAGGGCUCGGGCUGGGAGGGCUCCGGUUGUGGCCCUAACCCAGUGCAGAGGAACCCCUUCCUAAUGAACACGGAAUCAAAGAAAGACACGAGGCCUGCCCUUCCUGGCCCGAGGCAUUCACAGUCAGAUGUCUUUUCUCUGGGCCUAACGCAAGUAAGUUGUGAACCCAAAAUGCCACCAACUGAUUCUCAAAGAAGAGGCUCUCAAGAUUUUGUAAAUUAUCCUGAAACUAAAGGACCCAGAAACAUGCAAGUGUCCACCCUUGUCUUUUUACCAGAGGGCUCCCACCUUCACUGGGACUUUAAGAAAAACAGUUGUAGAAAACAGAGUUCUUCAUUCCCUCCAAGCUGUGGAGCCGAACAGAGCACCUACAGCAAACGGUACUCUCAAAAGGACGACUUCUCCAGAGAUCCGCCAGGGCGCGCGUUGGAUGAGCUGGAAGACGUCACCUGUAGAAAUGCGAAUGCUGGGACUAAGGAGACUUUUUGGAGAGAACCUGUUCCCAGUUGGGAUUCAUUCUGUGCCACUGAUUCUAAUGUAAACCAAAGAGGAUUCAAGGGCCUGAAUUUCUGCCAAAGAGCCGGAAACUACCUCAGACAAAGAAGGCUCCCUGGAUCUUCCUCUAACUGGGGAGAUUACGAAACACCAACAGACUUAAUGUACUCACAAGCACCACAACCUAAGAAACGCCGUCUAAUGUAUGAGAAAGUCCCCGGAAGAGUGGAUGGGCAAACCCGGCUGAGGUUUCUGUGAAAAACAGAAGGGACAGUGCCACGUGCCAGAUUCUACUUCCUCAUGACAGUGC